AUGAUUAUUAUUAGUUUACCCUUCGACUCUCAGAUAGAGAAGAUCCCUUUACCAGAGACCCCUCUACCAAGGCCUCUUCCAAGUAAUCGUGACACGUUAGCCAACAAUGAUUCCAAUCUGAACCACAAUGCCCAAAUAAACAGCACUUGUUUCGCGAUACAAAACUUUCUUCUCAAGUCCAAGGGUGAAGCUGGAAAAGAGGCCUUUUCUGGAGAGGAUGAAGGGGAUAGCUCGGUUAGCGAUGAAUUUAUGAAGACGCACAUCGAUGAAAACCAAACGGAUUCUGUCGAAUUGCUUCCAAAACAAAUUCGAGUUCUCACUCAAAUGAGAACCUUCCCCAGCAAGCCUUCAUCUUCUACUUUACGAAAGAUUUGCGGUUGCCGAGCUGACCAAGCGCAUCACUACUCGACUCUACAGCCAGAGGUUUUACAUCAUCAUUCCACAUCUGAGGAAUCUGACAGCGAUUGUCAGCACCUAAACUGUUGAGCUUCACCAGAACCCAUGCUAAAGCACCUCAGAACAGAUCACAGAUUUGAAUAUAUCAAUUUUUACUCAAAAAAACAUCCCAGGCAGAACGAACUUACAAGCAUGAAGAACGCUGUUUUUGAAGCUCGAAAACCCUCUCGAUUAUGCGCAAGCCUCAUUGACUUGUACCAAAAAAAUCCGACGAUGAUCGAGGAACUGAAUUUUUUGUUGACAAUUUGCUACCCUUCGUUCGAGUAGAAAGUCACUCCUUUCGUAAAAUGAUUGGUGUUGCCGCUGGGAAAAAUGAGGGCCAUUUCGAAAAAUAGCCAAGGCUUACUCUGAAAAGACCUCGAAAAUAAAUAUCCUGCUGGAUGUUUGGACCUCUGCUGUUAACGGGAGCAAUCUCGCCAUUUAGGUCUUAUUAUGCCCGAACUUGGAUCGUCUUGAUCAAGACCCCCGAAGAGAGAACGUCAUAUGCCGAGGUUUUCCCAAUACCCACAUCAUCGGUUUUCAAAAUCCAAGCGCUUUCCGUCACACUGGACACUAUUUGGGUCCAUAUCGAGGUGAUACACUGGACCAAUACUUACCUAAACAUAAAGUCGCGAGUCUUACAACAGACAAUGCUAAAAACAAGCUGGUAAUGCUUGAUAAAAAUUAGCCCGAGCUAAUUGGGGGUGGAGUUAAUGCGGAAGGAGGAUUCAUAAGAAUUCGUUGCUUGAACCUUGUGCUCAACAUAAAAUUCGAGCAUAUGGUUGAGAAGCAGAGCUCCUUCAAAGGAUUGAUGAACCAACUUCAAAGAUCAAAUACAACGCUGAGAAAGCGACUCCGAAACACAAUGAAACGCGCUUUGUAUUUCGCCAUAAGCAAUUGUCGUCCUUUUCGAAUCUUACAGACUCUCAAAGAAUUCUACCUCAAGAGUUACACGUAUAAAAGGUUUCAGCUCAAGAGAGAUGUCAGUAAACCUUUCCUUUACGCAACAGCAGAGAUUCAUCCCUUGGAACUAUUUCUCAAACGUACGCGUGUAUUUUCCCAUUCAACGAUGGAUAUGCAAGAUGACGCGCUGAACAACCUCUCCAAUGGCAUUACACUUUACUUCACAAGUACUUCGGUGCAUGCUCUCUAAUUUCAAAUGGUGAUGUGACGAGAAUUCGAAAAUUCCAGGCAUUCAGCUUAAGCACCCAGCGGCAGUGGAGGGAGUUUAAAUGUCGAGUAUUUGUCAACCAUUGUUAAGUCAAAGUUCCUUUUUGAAAAGUACUAUAGUUUUGCCAACGGAGGCUGGGUUGCUCUCCUAUUGAGGCCAGACAUGAAGGGUCAAUCAAUAACCAAAAUCUCAAUACGGAGGCAUUAGAGCUCAUAGUCAGCAAAGCAUCGAAAGAAUCUUCCACGACUGUUCUCCCUGCCGUUGCCUUUCUGCUAUAGCAAAUUGUUCACGGCUGAUGUCGACAGGUGCCCUUUCAUCAGUAGUAAGGCUGUCGAAGGGCAAUUCUCGCUAUCCAGCGCGAAUUUAAAGCGCACAAUGGGUUUGAGGAGCCGCCCAAAAUGUUUUGCAUUUGCUGAGCACCUCGAA